CCGCUCAAUAACCGCAAAUCAGAGAGGAAGACAAGCGAGAGAGAGAGAGAGAGAGAGAUGGAGAACUCCUUCCCGGUUAUCAGCAUGGAGAAACUGAAGGGAGAGGAGAGGGGAGAGACGAUGGAGCUACUGCGAGAUGCUUGCGAGAACUGUGGUUUCUUUGAGCUGCUGAACCACGGAAUCUCCCAUGAGCUCAUGGACGAGGUGGAGCGGCUAACCAAAGGCCAUUACAGGCAAUGCAAGGAGCAAAGGUUCAAGGAAUUCGCGAGCAAAGCCCUCGAGGAAGGGAAACAAUCUGACGCCGCCAACAACAUCGACUGGGAGAGCACCUUUUUCCUUCGCCAUCUCCCCGAGUCCAACAUGUCCGAGAUCCCCGACAUGGACGACCAAUACCGGAAGGCGAUGAAGGAAUUCGCAGCAGAGAUAGAGAAACUGGCGGAGAGGUUAUUAGAUUUGCUCUGUGAGAAUCUGGGGCUCGAGAAGGGGUACCUGAAGAAGGCCUUCUGCGGGUCCAAGGGACCGACCUUCGGCACCAAAAUCAGCAGCUACCCACCCUGCCCGCGCCCGGAGCUGAUCAAGGGCCUGAGGGCGCACACCGACGCCGGCGGCAUCAUCCUUCUCUUCCAGGAUGAUCGCGUCAGUGGCCUCCAGUUGCUCAAGGACGGGCAGUGGCUCGACGUGCCGCCUCUGCGCCACUCCAUCGUCGUCAACCUCGGAGAUCAGCUCGAGGUCAUUACCAACGGCAAGUACAAGAGCGUGAUGCACCGGGUGUUGGCUCGGACGGAUGGGAAUAGGAUGUCGAUCGCCUCCUUCUACAACCCCGGAAGCGACGCUGUCAUCUUUCCAGCACCUUCCUUGCUGGGGAAAGAGGCAGAGAAGAAGAAGAGUGAGGUUUACCCCAAGUUUGUGUUUGAGGAUUACAUGAAGCUGUAUGUGAGACACAAGUUUCAGGCCAAGGAGCCCAGGUUUGAAGCCAUGAAAGCCUUUCCUAUCCGCACCUCCCAAGAACUUGAACCGGUAUAACUACAUGUCUCUUCACAAGAGACUUCUCAUCUGGUGUCCGUACGUAGAGAGGCUGUAGUUUUAUGUUUUGCAGGACGGGUGCUAUUUGCUCUAAGUAGCGUAGGACUCGUGAGUGUUUCAGGUCCUGGCUUGAAGGUUCCCAAGAAUAUAUGAUGUUCGUCCAUGCUUUCUUGGUUUAAGAAA